AGUAGCGUCGCCAUGUCCUCGGUAUUCGGGAAACCCCGCGUGGGCAGCGGGUCGCAGAGCGCGCCCCUCGAGGUCAACCUGGCCAUCCUGGGACGCCGCGGGGCGGGCAAGUCCGCUCUGACCGUGAAGUUUCUGACCAGGAGGUUUAUCAGCGAAUAUGACCCCAACUUGGAGGACACCUACAGCUCCGAGGAGACAGUGGACCACCAGCCUGUCCACCUGAGAGUCAUGGAUACUGCAGACCCGGACACCCCCAGGAACUGUGAGCGCUACCUGAACUGGGCCCACGCCUUCCUGGUGGUGUACAGCAUGGACAGCCGCCAGAGUUUCGAGGACAGCGGCAGCUACCUGGAGCUGCUUGCUUUGCAUGCCAAGGAGACACAGCGCAGCUCCCCUGCCCUCCUGCUGGGCAACAAGCUGGACAUGGCCCAGUACAGGCAGGUCACCAAGGCAGAGGGCGCAGCCUUGGCGGGCAAGUUCGGGUGCCUGUUUUUUGAGGUCUCUGCCUGCCUAGACUUUGAGCAUGUGCAGCAUGUCUUCCACGAGGCCGUGCGGGAGGCACGGCGGGAACUGGAGAAGAAUUCCCUGCCCCGGCCCCUCUUCAUCUCCGAGGAGAGGGCCCUGCCCCACCAGGCCCCGCUCACUGCCCGGCAUGGGCUGGCCAGCUGUACCUUCAACACACUUUCCACCGUCAGUCUGAAGGAGAUGCCUGCCGUGGCCCAGGCCAAGCUGGUCACUGUGAAGUCAUCCCGAGCCCAGAGCAAGCGCAAGGCACCCACCCUGACCCUGUUGAAGGGCUUCAAGAUCUUCUGAGGGCACCCCUAAAGAUCCCAGACCUAGUGGCUGGGCAGGGCUGCAGGACUGGGGCUGGCUUCUCGCCACCGGCUUUCCCUCCGAUGGAACAGUAGCCCUCACCCUCUGGCGGACGGUUGAUCCUUCUUCCAGCACUGGGUAAUGUCCCUGACACCCAGUUUACUGUGUGAACUGGUGGGACAGGCUGGAAUGCUGCUCUUAGUCCCUCCAGGCCUUGGUUUCCAUGGUAACUACUGCGCUCCUAGACCCUGAAGGGAAGUAGCCACUGAGAGGACGCGGAGACCUGGGGUCAGGCCAAAGUGGAAGGAAAUUGCCGUGUCCAUCAUGGUGCCAUCACCCCUUCUUGCUCCAGCUACAGCCAGGCCAGCUGUGGCCCCUGAUGGACAGCUCUGAAUGGAUGGUCAGCACCAAGAAGGCCCUGCAUACAAGUAGGCCUGAGAACAUUCUGCAGGAGCAGCCUUGAAGUCCUAGCACACCACCUAGUGGACAGGAAGGGUAGAGCGGCGACAGGUUUUUUGGGGGACAGAACCUGGCCCUCCUGUUGUCUUCUGACUUCACAGAAGGCCCAGGCAACAAACAGUUUACCCAAGUAAAAUCUAGUUUAUAUAAUCCUAUGGGACAUCCUGUGAGAAGCAAACUUCUCAGGAAGGGCUGUUUCCAGUACUCUGCCUCUCAGUGAGGAUAGAAGGCUGGGGGCUCUGGGUUGCCCAGGGUAGUGAGCAUCCAGUGUUUUAGUCGCCAGGAAGCAGGGCCCCCUUGUUUUCUCAUCCAGGAUCCAGAGAGCCUGUAACUGGCAGUGUCAGACAUCCAGUGGGCACUGUCCCAGGCUUGUAGGCAGAAACACAGUAGAGCAGUUUUAGUCUGGUCCAACAGGACCCAGUACCUUUGGCAAAGGGCCUGAAUGUUCAAAGUUCACUUUUGAAAGAUAGAACCUAAAGCAUUUUUGGUUUAUGAAGGAAUUUUUGUGUAAAUUAUUUGGGGUUGCCACCACAGCUUAUACUGUAACACCAUGGCUCAGAUGCAGGAUCAGGACAGGUUUCUUGGGAUUCCAUUGUUAGCACAGGGGGCCUCUAUAGUUUUCUAACUCUGUUUACCUCAGGACUUCUGGCCCAAAGGAAGUCUCUCAUGGACCCUCAGAU